AUUUUUGCACCCAAGAGUCAUCUUCUUGUCACAGUCAAGAGAAUCGCGUCAGCGCCGCUGCAUUGCCUAUUUGCUCUUGUUUUUGUUUUCGCAUCAACACGCUGAAAGCAAAAAUCAACAAUAGCCAUAUUCCCCCAGCCUAAUUCGGACCUGCUCUACACGUCUCGAAGUUGAAUCAAUCUGCAAUCAAGAUGGCAUCUCUGGCAACCGCUGCUGCUGCUCGCGAUAUCCCGAAGACCUCUGUCGGCCGAGACAACUUAACUGCUGUAGCGGCUGCUCGGAGUGUCCCUGUGACACGAACUCACCCCCUUCCGACUCCCCCGAACUCGAUAUCCCCCGCGCUGCCUCCCCAUGGGCUCAAGGCCCAGCUGCACAAGGCGUCCAAGCUCGAACCCAUCGAUUCAGAUUUGGAUCUCCACGACAGCACCGAAUCCGACUUGAUUGUAUCCCCUACCUUUGAGUCGGCCGGUGCCAUCACUCCCGCCCUGCUUUCUAAGUAUCAUCUUCCCGAGAUCUUGUUGAGCCACGGGCCUCUGGCCAUCCGUCACAUCAUGGGUUAUCUCACAACCUCGGUCCCCGGCUUCGCGGGUAUUCCGCCACCCAAGGCCCGAAGGCUAGUGGUCGCAGCGCUGGAAGGGAAGGGUCAUGGGUCUGGAGUCGGCGGAGGCGUGAAUGGUGACGUGGAGUAUGAGAAGGUUGGUUGGGGAAGAUGGGACGCAAAGCGACGAGGUCAUUUCGGUCGAUACGCACCGUCACGCCUGUCCCCGGGAGCGAGUACUUCAGCAUGUCACCGAACUGGCACCGGAACUGGCAUACCCAUCAACAAGGCCGUUGGGUGGAGUAGCUCGCGAUCACGGUUGAACCCCCGCGCCCGCAGCGACGGAAACUCGGCCGCCUUCUCCCAUGAUGACGGCGACGCUGCCAUGCUGGAGAAUGAGGCCGAUAAAAUGUCACUCGACUCUCUGGGUGGACCUGCUUCGGCAUCUUGUUCCGAGGCUGGUGACGAUGACGAUGUGAUGAUGGACGAUGAUCCCGAAGAUGCCACUGACGAUGAGGAUUGGGCGACCGUUGGGGCGGCUGCUCUCAGAGCGACAUCCUACUCGAGCCCUGCCGAAGCACGUCAGGGUUACGUUUCAUCCCAUGGACAUAACAGCGGGGGCUUGCGUUCCUUCUCUGGUACCGGCAUGCUCCGCGAGCCACGACUCGACAACAUCGAUCUAGCCGCUCUGGCAGCCUCGCCCAAUACUCAGGAGCGCGAGGCCAUCCAGGCUCUUCUUCAACUUGGAUCUGUAUAGUAAUCUUGCAUCGGCAUGGCGUUUUUUUUGGCGAAUAUCGCAUUCGCACGGCGAGGUUUGGCUGGCGAGCUGGCUGGACUGGUUUACGUGUCAUUUCAUGAUCGAGGCGGCGUCCUCUUGA